AUGAAGAUGCUGCUGUCCCUGGGGCUGCUCUUUGCUGCCCUGUCCCUGGGGAGCUGCAUGCCCCUGCAGCAAACUGCGUCCAACCGCAGCAAGCUGCUCCUGGUGUCCUUCGAUGGCUUCCGCUGGAACUACGACCAGGACGUGGACACCCCCAACCUGGACGCCAUGGCUGCAGAGGGGGUGAAGGCCAAGUACAUGACCCCUGCCUUCGUCACCCUCACCAGCCCCUGCCACUUCACGCUGCUGACCGGGCGGUACCUGGAGAACCACGGGGUGAUCCACAACAUGUGGUUCGACACCAAAACUGGCGUGAGACUGCCCUACUACACCACACAAGGCAUAAGCAGCUGGUGGGACAACGGCAGCCUGCCCAUCUGGAUCACUGCCCAGAGACAGGGUUUGAAGACAGGCUCCAUCCACUUCCCUGGAACCAAGGCAAAAUACCAAAAGGAAGAAGUGUACAAGAAGUUGGUGGAACCUGCGUUGUUCAACUACAGCAACGAAAACAACUGGAGGCAGAGCAUCGACACCGUCAUGGAGUGGUUCACGGUGGACAACCUGGACUUCAUCACGCUCUACUUCGGGGAGCCAGACUCCUCAGGACACAAGUAUGGCCCUGAAUCCAUACAGAGGAAAAACAUGAUCAAGCAGGUGGACAGAACCGUGGGUUACCUGAGGCAGCGCAUCCGGGAGAGCGGCCUGGAGUCCAGCCUGAACCUCAUCAUCACGUCCGACCACGGCAUGGAGACCGUGGUGAAAACCAACGAGAUCCACCUCCGCACCGUCACCAACUUCACCUUCAAGGACCUCGACUUCGAGCUCCUCGAUUAUGGACCAAGCGGGCUCCUGGUGCCCAAGGAAGGGAAACUGGAGCACGUGUACUCUGUCCUGAAAAACGCCCACCCAAAGCUGCACGUUUACAAGAAGGAAGAGUUUCCAAAGAGGUUCCACUACGCCAACCAUUCUCGGAUCACCCCACUUGUGCUGUACAGCGAUCCAGGCUACGUGAUCCAUGGGAGGUACAAGGUCCAGUUCAACAAAGGAGAGCACGGCUUUGACAACCAGGCCAUGAACAUGAAAACCAUCUUCCGUGCCGUGGGGCCGGCCUUCAAGAAGGGGCUGGAGGUGGAGCCCUUCGAAAGCGUCAAUGUCUACGCCCUCCUCUGCGAGCUGCUGGGCAUCACCCCCGAGCCCCACGAUGGCUCCCUGGAGGCCACCAAGCCCAUGCUGAGGGAACCCACCGACGGUGACGGUGGCAACGGCGAUGGCAAUGGAAACGGCAAUGGCAACGGCAAUGGCAACGGCAAUGGUGACGGCAAUGGCGACGGCAAUGGAAACGGUGAUGGCAACGGCAAUGGCGACGGCAAUGGCGAUGGCAACGGAAACGGCAAUGGAAACGGCAAUGGUGACGGCAAUGGCGAUGGCAAUGGAAACGGCAAUGGCGAUGGCAACGGAAACGGUGACGGCAAUGGCGACGGCAAUGGUGACGGCAAUGGCGAUGGCAAUGGAAACGGUGACGGCAAUGGCGACGGCAAUGGAAACGGCAAUGGUGACGGCAAUGGCGACGGCAAUGGAAACGGUGACGGCAAUGGCAACGGCAAUGGAAACGGUGACGGCAACGGCAGCAAUGGUGAGCAGCGGGUGUCAUGGGGGACAGUGGGAGGGCAGCGGGCACCGGCACUGACAGUGGGCACUAGGAACAGCAACAGGCUCCAGAAGUGGCAAUGGGCACCGGGGGGCGGCAAUGGGCACCGGGAGCACACCGGGAGGGCACCGGGAGCGGCACAGGGGGUGGCAAUGGGCACCGAGAGCGGCACCGGGCGCGCUCCUCUCCGCCGGGAUUCCCGCGGGAACAGCGACGCCUGGCGGCCGCCGCCACCCCCGGCAGCUCGGGGCACCGGGCCGUGCCCCCCCAUCCCCGCCGCUCGGUAA